ACGAUUUCGAAGACGACGAUCUGCUGAUUACUGGCAGUCGAAUGGAAUUCGGCAACCACGAAGUAUGUUGGCUGAUGCUCUAGAUUCAUCUUCAAAUAUACGUUCCAAAGAAGAAGGAGAAAGAAAAAAUAGACUGAUUAAUUUAGGAGAAGGAAUAGAAAUAUAUGAAGAUCAGUUACGCAGCGUCAAAUGGAGUGACUAUAGGAAACUAACAAGAGGAUUGGCUACAAUCCUCUUCAGCCCGGCAGAGUUAGCUACUUGUUCUGUAACUGGACAAAGAUGGAGUAGGGCAGGAAGCGGGGAGAGACCUGUGAAACCUGCUUUAAAUAAAGCCAAAGUCCAGGCAAUAAUAUCGUACGUCGCCACAAGAUUCCCAAUGGUUGAAAUAAGUAGAAUAAAACAAGUUCUUGCAUACAAAUGUAAAGAAAAUUCCACCACCUUCAAAAUGAAAGCGGUCAGAUAUUAUGGAGAACACCUGAACGAGUGAAAAAUCAUAACGGCUAAUGGAUGAACUUCACCAAUGCCGGCAGCUCCUUUGAUUAAAUAUUAACUAUGUUUGAUAUAUUCGGAUAAAUAAGGAAUUCGAAUAAGCAUUACCUACAUCUCUGAUUUUAUGACUCUUGGAUUUUUCCAUCUUGAAGAAACUAUACAAAAUAUCAAUCAACAUAUUGAUUUGAAGUGAACAAUAAUAGAUGAAUGCAUUUUAGAAUAUUGCAUAUCACAGAGUAGAUAUUGAAAUAUUUUCUUUAUUUCUUGUUGAAAUGAUGAUUCAAAGGAUAUAAUACUGGAGAAAUUAAUAUUCGUUUGAAGUUGAUGGAUACAAUUUUGAAGAAGAACUGAAAAUUAUGUGUACUUGAACUGGUUUGCACGGUUGGAAUUAACUUCAUCUUUAUACAGACACACACUAAGUUGUUACCGACAACCGUAAAUGUAAUUUCAAUCUUGAGAAAUGUAAAAGGUUGAAUUUUCUAUAGAAAUAU